UCCACAUGUGAAAAACUUUCCAGCUAUCUGACAAAAGUACCACGGGAACAGACCAACAUACAAUCAAUUUUAAAGGCUUUAUGACCCAAAAUAAAUCUAAUACAAAUUGUUUCUCGGUUGAUUAGCUUAUGAUCUACCAUAGAAACGGAAUGACUGGCUACUGAUAUAUCCAUCAUAAUGUCAAAAGUGUCAAAGAAAUCUAUUUUGAAAAAGCUUGAUUCUUACGUUGGUUCUUUUCUUGAAGACGAUACAGAGAUUGUAAAACCCAAAAAGAAAAAGACAUCCAAAAGGAAUGCAGAACUAGAAAAAUUUGAGGAAAAAUAUUCAAUCAAAAAUGAAAACAAGAAAAACAGUAAAAAGGGUGGAACAGACAGUGCCAAGUCUGAAGAAGAGGAAACAAAGAUACAAAAACCGAAAAUCAAGGGACAGAAACGACAUUUAGAAUUCAUCAAGGGUUUCCUGGAUUUAAAUAGUGAAGGCGGUGCUUCAACAAAAGAAUUAGGGGGUGAUGAUUCUCAUGGCGUCUGUUGUGAUGUCACAACUGAUCGUGCAGAAAGAACUUUAAAACAAAAUGAGAGGUCCGUGGAGGUUGUGGUAUUCGAGGAGGGGCGAUCUUCAAAGAAGCGCAAGUUAGGAGCUUUGUCCGAGGAAGCAAAUGAGGAGACGACGGAAGUUGACCAAUCAGCCAAGUUUAAUAUGAGGAAAGCAAGACAUGAUGUGCAGAAGUUAGGCAUCACAGGUUUCGUUAAAAAGGAGAAGAAGAAGGCAGAACGAAUGCUGGUCAUCAAACUUGGAGCGCGGCCUCCCAGGAAGAAUCAUAUCCCGUACAAGACCUACAUGGAACAGCAACGACAAAAGAAAGAUGAUGAGAAGAAGAAGCGAGAGAUGGACCGAAUAAUGGGAUUGAAGGUGAAAAGUCGGAAAGGGAUGAGGCACAAAAAGGGCAAAGGUGACCUUGGCUUCAUCGACGGUCAGGUUGGACGGUUCAGAGGCGGUGUGCAAACACUUACCAAAGAUCAGAUUGAUAAGAUCAAGAAAACAAGAUUGAGACGUAGUUAAUGUACAAUGUGUUAUUAUUUUUAGCCAAUAAAUAUUCU